GGUGCUCAAGCCCCCAGGCGGCGGUUCCAGCGACAUCUUUGGCGUCGGGGGCGGCGAGAUCCAGCAGUCUCCCCGCAAGAUGAAGCCCGGCAUGGUCAGCAGCAUCUCCCUGACUGACGGGCCCGUCGCCCCCUCCGCCGGCCCCGGCUCCACGUCGUCGGCGGCCUCGUCCUCCUCAGGAGAGACGCCCUCCCCCGGCUCCCCCACGGGCUCGCCCACCCGCAACGGUACGGCACAGACAGGCUCUCAGCAGCAGCAGCAGGUAUCAGGCGACGUCGCGGUCGCCGCCGCCGGUAAGGCUCCCGACGGCGAGCCUCGCGGCCGCCAGUUCCAGAUGCAGAGUCACUUCUCGCUCGGCUACGACAAGGGCGCCUCUCCCGUCAAGGGGGAGGCUGCACAGCCAGACGGUAACCCCGUGACUGGUGAGGGCUACAAGCCCCAGGGCGGUGCUGCCCCCAUGCGCAACCGCGUGCCUCCAGGCGGCUACUCCUCCGGGCUGUGGUGAGGGGCCUAAAGGCGUCCUAUACUUCCGGCUCUCUGUCUCCACCGCUCGCCCGUGUCAUCCGUCCCAACCAUCUUUCUUUUAUGUAACUUUUAUGAAUUUUAAUUCAUUGUUUUGUCAAAAUGUAAUCACACAUGAUAGUAGUAUUUUUCCAUGAGAACUGUGUACCGUUCUUAUCACUUUUGGAUUUUUAUUUUAUAGUUUUAUGUGAAUUUGUUUUAAGUCCAAAUAAAAGAAUACUAAGUCUUUCGUCGAUAGGAAAUACCGACAAAUGUCAGUAUUCUCGUUAUUCGCUAUUCAAAAAAAUUAAGGUGGGUUUCGAAAUUAUUGACACCUGCCGGUGAGUAUAAGCAUAAGCUUUCUUCGAGACGUCAAGUUGUUUCUUCAAUGAUUCCAGAAUUAUCUAUUUGUCUCUUGACACGGGGCUAUUUUAAUUUACGUUCAAAGCGCGUAACUUUUUUUGUACUUUUACACUUGAAUCCUGUGUGUUAUCUGGAACGUUGGUAGAUGUAGUGCUUUUUAUAUGUUUCUUUUGUAGAUUUGAGAGAGUGAGUUUCGUGAUGUAUCCGUUAAGCUAUUGAAUUUAUUUUCUGUCAGAGCUUACCAUGUCAGCUGAUGCAUACGGCGUUAAGGAGAAAGCGAAUUUAAAGUCUGAUUUUAAUGUUACGAACAUUCAGUCCAUUUGCUGAGAUAUUUGUGUACAUAUUUAUUAUUUAUGAAUAUUCCGGUCGCAAGGGUUUGAAAUUCAGGCUUUAAUUUGGUUGAAUUGCGCGUGUGCAUGCUAUCCUAAGAAGUGACUGUAAAGGAUUAUGUUUCCUCUCCUAUACCUAAAUAAACAUUUUUACAAAA